UCUCUCACAGCUUCAAAAGUACAGUGACAGCUAACAUGUAGCCAGGUUAAAUCGCUUCUGCUCGGGAUAUUAGAGUUUGGGUUUUUUUUCUUCCCCUGGGAAAUGGAGUUGGGAAAACAUGAAAGAAAAGUCUCAGGAAGAGAAGCCUUAGAGGAAAAGCAAAUGGUCAUUUCUCAAGAAUCUGAAACCAAACCAUUGACCUUCACAUUUGUGCCAUCCAUUGGCCGACUUCCAACCCAUUUUGAGGUUGUAGAUGUCUCUAAGUUCCUUGUGACUAUUCCAGAGGAGUCAAAAGAUCUCAGCAAUCAAGAAAUUAUAAAUAAGUCUAACGUAGUCUCGAAUGAGCAGUCCUUGAAGAGCAGUGUCAGGCGAGACUGUGUGCCUGCCAUCCAUCCAGACAGCACCCAGACAGUUCUCCCGUCCCUGGCGUGUAACCCAAAGAAAGGAGAAAUGCAGGAGAAUGACCUUUUUAAGGCUGAGUUUAUCCUGAUUACGGACUCCGGUGAUGAAGAUGAAGCAGCCGCUGCCUCAAUCAACAUCCAACGGCCUUCCAAUGGCUACGGUCCCAUCACUGCCCAGCUGUUGGCUACAUCCCACAUUUCCCCUGGCCCCGAGACAAGGAAGCCUGGUGAUGAGCGUCUUCCAGGUGUGGUGCUUUCCCACAGCACCACUGAUCAGCAAAAACAGCAGUUAAUUUCUACUCUUUCCACCUCUGAUCAUCUUUCCUCUAAACCACCUGCUGUCCACUUAAUUUCUCCAACUAAUCUGAAAGUAGCGUGCGGUGCCAUGGUUAACCUGAAUCAAGCCUCUUCGGUGGAAGACUCCCAUAACAACUGGCAGUCAGCAAUCAGGUCUUCUAAGCAAGAUUCAUCUCUCUACUUUCAGUCUGUUUCCCAUAGUUCAGCUCCCUCCAUGUCUAAAACAUUCUCCUGUGCAUCAAACACUUGUUACUCCAGCCCUCAACAGUACAAUAACCUGCAACCACCAAGUCUCCAUAGCCCUGUCUGUGUUUGCAAAAUGGGAGACUUCACCACAUCUUCCAUUCCAGCAAAGAGUCCAAGUCUUUUCCCCAAACCUUCACAUUCAGCUGAAAUUCAAGGAUCAUCAUCCCAGCCUUUAUCCCCCAGUUCUUCCAAAAGAUUGAAAGCUUUAUCUCCCCUCCCUGUACGUAUAACUACACAUUCAUUAUCACCUAGCCCUAAACCCUUGUCUCCACCCUCUCUUUAUGGCUCCUCUUCAACCAUAUGUAGUGUAAAUGAGCCUUGCACACAAAUGUCAUCUAGAGGAUAUUUAGCAAAGUCAGGAGUUAGAUCCCCUCUGCCAACCAGACUAACUCUCUUAACUGCUAUUUUGAGAUCAGGCUCUUCUCAGCGGAGACCUCUUUCCCCUGCUUCUUGCCCCACGUUUUCUCCCAGCUCCCUUUGUUCCUCAACACUUGCAAUAGAUCAAAAGUGCAAAACAACUCCCCCAACUCCCAGAAAAUCUAUUUCAAGCCCCCCUCUUAGGCCAGAUUCUCCCAGCAGAGGGGAACAUUGGCCUACAGGAUGGGCUCAGCACGUGCCUUUACACUCCAAGUCUCAUCCUGCCCCUCGGGCAAGGUCCCUUUCUCCUAGAAAGCACCUUCCAGUCCGAACAUCCUCUCCAGAUUCCCAAAGUCCACAGUCAUCCCCCAUCUCCUCCCAUAGGAAAUCAACUGCCUCUCCAGGUUGGCAGUCUACACUGCCUGUUCUGGCGGUGCCUCCUAGUGCCCCAGCACAUUCUUCCCUUGCACACCCAACCUCUCCUCCUCCUGAAGGCCUGCGUUAUCCUGCCUCCAGGUCCCAGCCACCUCAGAGGUGUCAGAGAGUGCACACUUACUCACCCAUCUUUACCUGCCAGUCAUAUUCUUUGCUUUCUCCCACCAAACUUAGUGGAAUACUUUCCCCAAGCCGAGAAAAGCAGUUAUCUCCCUCCCCAAGUCUUUCGACUUCAACUUCUAGAUCUAAGUCAGAUUCAUCUCAAAAGUCUACUCAGGAGCUGAAUACCCCCUCUCCUACGCCUUCAAGUGUCUCAAAGCAGUGGUCUCUCUCAUGUCCUGAUUCUAAUUCACCGAUUCCCCAAACUUGCAAUAUGAAUUCCCACCCACUGCAGCUUCAUUCUUCAUUGAUGCACAGAAGCUAUAGGUCUAAUUCCCAAUCUCCAAGACCUGAGCAAUCUGCCACCUCACCAGUAUUAAAGUGCAGAUCUCCUGUCUCAGACAAGUCACCAUGCACACUGCCAUCAAGACCCAGAGAGCUGACUUCACCUCAGUCUUUUUCCCUGCCUACUGACCAUGAAAACAUCAAACCCAAGCAGUACAAGAUCAAGACAAGCUACAAGGCAUUUGCAGCAAUACCUACAAACACAUUACUUAUGGAACAGAAGGCAUUAGAAGAGCCAACUAAGACUGCUAGUGUGACUGAAGGCACUGUUUUGGACACCCAUUCAGAGAUGUGCUCCCCUGCCCAGCUCAGACAACAAACAGAAGAGUUAUGUGCUGUCAUUGAUCAAGUUCUGCAGGACCCAUUGACCAUGCGCCGAUGUGAAUCUUCUCCAAGUUUCCUGCAGAUGAACACAGAAUCAGAUGGUGGCAAGGUGCCAUCAACACUGCAGAGAGCAGCUGGACGCGAAACCAGAUAUGCCAACCUUUACAAAUCAACACCUAUGGUGGCAGAGAGUCAGAUGACAAAACCUGGUGUCAUUCGUCCUGUGCUGGUGAAAGCAAAGAGUGCACAGCAAAAGGAGGAGCCCUAUCAACCCAACCCUUUUAAGAAGUACCUUGAAGAAAUCAGUGAUCAAGAUAUUGAGCAGUUUAAUUAUAAAGAAACUACACAGCAGAUGCUUCACUGAUGGGUGUCUGGUCCUGGAGGAGUAUCUCCAAGCUGGACAAGGGCAUCUAGGCUUUAAACAGGGAUAUCUUUUUGGUGAUCUAAGAAAACAUGAUGAGGAGAAUGCCUUUUAAUGAUAUCCAUAGGGAAAGCUGAACAUAAUAAAGUAGAGAAAUUCUGUGCAAGCUUGUAAAGCAGGUGUCUGGAUUGGAUCUAUAAGAAAGGGCUUGUUUCAUUUGGGGUCUAGACCUGAAUCCUCUCCAAAGUGAACUGAGGAUAGCAAGGACUGAGCAAGGUUCACUCUUUUCUCCCCAGGGGAGACUACUGAGGAGCCCCAAUGACUUUCCAUACAAUUCGCCAAUGUGCAGGUCCCCUAGGUCUGUAUUCAGGUCUCUCCACAGCUCUGGGGAACUGCACAUGAGGGGGCAUUAAGGGGCAGCCCAUGGGGCAGCAGAAGUGCUUUCUUAUCCCAUGACCUCUGCAUAAAGCCAUAAGAUCCCUUUGCAAAAAUGUGUCUUGAACUUUACAUACUUUUAUGAGGAAUUACCUCUGAGUAGCCACAGAUAAAUGGUUCUGUUGGCCUUUUCUUGUGCAUUGGUGUUUGUGUGCAUUAUGGUGAAUUAAACCUUAACAUAAAUAUCAUUUGAAUGUCUGUGUAGGAGCCUAUUAUUAAACUAUCCUGUAUGCUCUUAACUUUCUAUUUGGGAAGUAGUAAAAUGAAACCAAUAGUCUUCUUGCCAGAAACAAUGUGAAUAAAAUACCUUACUUACUG